CGGCGUGAGGAGUCGGUCGCGAGGCCCCGCUGGGCUUUGAGGAAAGGGGCUUCGGGCUUCUAGCGGCGGGAUCCGGUGCCGUGGACGAGCGGCAGGCCGUCGCGUCGCACGGCGUGGUCCAGCGCCCCGUCGAGUGGCUGCAGCCCCAGGAACCUGAAGCGGCAUGCAUGGUCCUCUUCCUCCUCUCCAUCAUCACAUCAACCCUGUGAGAAUGUUCCUGGCUCACUCUUGCCUCUAUGCCAUGGUGCUAGUGGUCAUAACCAAUGUGACAGCUGUGGAAAAGACAUGUGAUCUUAUUGGGGAUAAAGGCCAGGAAUCCCACAAAGAAUCAUCACUGCUGACUAAACUGGAGCCACUUUUCAACCAAAGUUUUGAAACAGAAAGUACGAAUGAAGGAGAACAUUACAUCUACAAAUUCAGGGUAUGUCGAGAAGUUUCCGGCGAUAUGGCUGGCCUGGUGCAGAUCAAUAAGUUAAACCAGACAAGAGUGUUGGGUCGGAUCAAUGAGACUCACCUGACCAAUGGAAGUAAGUGGAUUCUGCUGAUCUAUAAGGGGGGAGAUGCCUAUAACAACCACUGUGGAAAUGAGAACAGAAAAGCCUUUGUCAUGAUCAUCUGCAACCGGAAGACACUAAAAAGUCGUUUAACAAUGGUGUCAGAAGAGCGGGAGAAGUUGAAAGACUGUUCCUAUAUCUUUGAAUUUGAGAGCAGCUUGGCCUGUUCUCCAGAGGACUUGGAGGUUGCCUCACACCUAAGCGUUGGCUCCAUAUUGAUCAUCACGUUUGCUUCGCUGCUUGCAGUGUACAUCAUUGGGGGAUUUCUCUAUCAGCGUUUGUUAGUGGGAGCAAAAGGCAUGGAGCAGUUUCCCCAUUGUGCUUUCUGGCAAGAUCUGGGCAACCUAGUGGCAGACGGCUGUGAUUUUGUGUGCCGGUCUAAACCGCGAAAUGUACCAGCUGCAUAUCGUGGUGUCGGUGAUGACCAACUUGGGGAGGAGUCUGAAGAGCGCGAUGACCAUUUGCUACCCAUGUGACCUGCCUUUUUCUUCUGUUUUUAUGCCCGUCCUUCAUGUGAACACUUCCCCCCUCAUCUCUCUCUUCUAGCUGCCCCUUGAGCUACUUGCUUUCAUUAUGACUUUCCUCACUUCAGAUAUCAAUGAAUUCUGGGUCAAGGCUUAUGAAUGUAAAGGUGUGCUAGUGGGCUUUGGAAUAAGGGGCUGCCUAGAGAGGUGUGUGUCAAAAUGCUGACUUCCAAUGCCUGCAGAGACUCAAGAUUUCCCAUAAUCUGCGGACAAAUUUUUGGAGGCCUGGCUACAGAAGUGUUGCAGCCAGGGCUUCAGUACAUGGAAGGAAAAAGGGCCUAAAUGUGCUGGGAAAUGCUAGCAGACGUUAGGGUUGGAGCUGCUGUAUAUUUUACAUAUUUUCUGUGGGCUUUAUUCUGCAAAACACUGGAUUUCUAUUUUCAAUUAUUCAGUUGGUACAUUUUUCUUGUCUUGUAAUUUGAGGGAACUUUCCCUAGUAUUUUCAAAUCCUCCUCUGAUUGAUGUACAGUAGACAAACAGUCUGGAGAAUCUCCAUCUUUUUUCCUUAACCAAAGCUUGAAUUGAAUGCAGAUUUGAGGGGGUUUCAGUCACUGGCAAAGGACGCUGCCAAUAAUAUGUAUAUUUUGUUAAAUGGUCUGAAGUGUGAAAUGGGAGUGAAGAAAAGCACAGGGAGAGUUUGUCUUUAAAAAGUGCUAACAGUCCAUUUCUGUAAUAUCACUCCAUUCCCUUUAAAACAGCCUUCCUCAACCUGGGGCGCUCCAGAUGUGUUGGACUACAUCUCCCAGAAUGCCCCAGCCAGCUGGCUGGGGCAUUCUGGGAGGUGCAGUCCAACACAUCUGGAGCGCCCCAAGUUGAGGAAGGCUUCUUUAAAAGCUUUACUAAUACAAUCGGUCAUUCAGCUUUAACGGAUACUGACUGCAGCUGCAGAAUAUAGGGAAGACAGAUCCACAUGGGUAGGAUUUAACGAAAAAGAGCAGGAGGGCAGAACCCAACAGCUAUAUGAAGAAUGCAAGUCUUAUAUAAUUGCUUGUUCCAAACCUUUUCUGGUUUUUUUAGACAUUGGCUAUGAAAUGUGGCCUGGAUAGAACAAGCGAAGAAACAAAUUUCUGCCAAGAUUUUUACAACAAAUGAGGACUCUUUUGUACUUAGUCUGGGGCAGAUAAUUCUGUUUGCUCUUAGUGAUGUCAAGUCUAAUCUGUUAUAGCAUUUGCUUUCUGACGGGAUGGUACAUCGCAGCUGUAUUAUUUUAGGGAAUUGCUUUUCAGGGGGUGCAUAUUAUACUGUUACCUAAUGAACAGGGAAGUCAAAAUACUCCUUGCUAUUGCAGAUUGGCCAACUAUCGUUCAAGUACAGUUUAAGGACUCCUGAAUUCACUUGCAACACCCAGCUCUUUUGGUAAGGAAAAUACACCACUUACAUCUGUUUGUCAUCCUAUCAGAAGAGCUGGUGGUUCUGGUUAGGAAUAAUAUAUGGGUGCACGUAAGGGCAUACCUAUUGUCAUGACUUAUGGAAGAGCAGGGACAGGCUGUCUUGCUGAAAUGAGAUUAGAUACACUUGAUGCAGCCUUUGUUGUCAAGCUCCUAACAGGAGAGAAUGAGUCACUGCAAAUAUCACUUUUCCAUGGUGGUGUUUAUGAGACCUUGUACUGUAGAGUUACAACUUUGACAUUAAAAUGGCUCAAAAGCCAUAAAAUGUGUUUAAUGAAAAUGGUUUGUGAAUUACUGAUUAGGAAGAUCAUCUUGAAUAAAUAACUACAGAAAGGUUGUAGAUAAAUAAACAAAGCCAUGAUCUAC